AUCUCACUUACCGCCAUAUUUCCGCCAAAGUUCAGCCUGAUGACCAUUUUGCUUUUGAAUGGCCGAACAUCUCACCAGAAGCCGUGGGGAUGUGUCCCAUUAUUGCGUUCAGAUCUAACACCGCAGUCUGGAGAUGUCAGUACAUAGCAUCUACUCUUCCGAUGGCGAUGGGGCCAGUCCGACCCGAAGUGCUCCAUCUCCCGAUCCGUUAGUCGCAGGCUCAGAAACAACAGCGACCCCUCUUGCACCAGUCAGCCUUACCGCCGGCCUCAGCCUUGCUAGCCGGCCACCGCCAUUGUAUUCAUCAACACCUAAACAACUCGAUGCCUCCAGCUACAUCAAGCGAAUCUGCGAUCAUGCAACUACCAGCGCAAGAGACUCGCUCUACCAAGGUCAAGACUGGUCAGACCUAGCAAAAUGGUUAAGUUCACGACCAACAUCUUAUAUGUCCCCGAAAUCAACACCAAGUUUCGCUUGGCUCUAUAUGUUGGAUGGCAAAGUCGAGGAGUCGGCGCACAUCGCAGGACAUGAGUUGGCCCUGCCUUUGAAGGACAGCUUGGGGGUAAGUGGUCCGGAUACUAACGUGCUGGUAUUUCUUAGAGGCUAUCCUAGUCCCGAGUGGGUGAGCCAGAUUGGAGCACGCUUCCGUAUCGACCCAGAGGUUUUCUACAGACAUCUCUCCUUCUUCCAUCACCACCAAGCUCUUCUUAGGCAGUCCCCCUUCGUCCUGCCAAGCUCCCAAACUUCCAUCUUCCACCUGACCUUGACAACUGUAGGCCAUUAUGACGCGCCAGUAGGCGAGAGCGUGUCAAAAAUAAGGUCGACAGCUGCAAGGGGCAUGGGAAAGUAUCUUUCCAGUCUCAAGGGUUCUCAUUGGAAAACCGGAAACUCCAUUGUUCGUGCAUUCGAUGUACACAGCGAGAGUAUAUUUAGUCUUGAACAACUCGUCACUGUAUAUGUGUCGCAAGAGAAGAGCGACGGGAGAUGGACAGCGUUGAUAUGGCUCGACUCGGGGGAUGAUUUGUUGCAAAGCCCCCCUGGGCCGUGGGUACAUCUAGGUCUUCAUCAGGGGGCUUCGAUUUUCCCAGUGACAAUGUUCAAACGUAUGAUUUCCCUUAAAGGCGCAAAACACAGGCUGUUCCCAUCUGGCUCUCCAGUACACAGCGACAAGGGGCGACCUCAGAGCGUCUCGUUGCUCCCGUUGUGUUAUGGUAGAUCUUUGAAUGCGAAACGAAUGAGCGAGGACUCUUUAUAUGCACUACACGAAUUAUUCCAAUUCUGGGGAACUUCAGAGGUCCAAUUUCUGAAUGUUGUCGCCUCAGGUUUGGAUGCGCUUGACAUAGAACCGGGAAAAUAUGUGUCGACAAUGCUGGAAGUCCAACACACCCUAGACUUCUACAAGGACAUCCUGAACCGUCAUGCCAACUCCACUAUGGAUGUCCUCCAACUGAUUGAGACACGUGAUAUCCUAGAUUGGCCUCGAUCUUCGGCAAACAAACCCGAACUGAUGGCCGAACAACUGCACCGCGACAUCCGCUACAUCCUCGAUAGGACCCACGCGUUGCAAGAGCAAUGCAAAAUGUCCAUGACUGCUCUCACAAAUCAGGCGAGCUUGCAAGAAGCAAGGAAUGCUAUUUUACAAGGCCAGCGGGUAUAUCGACUGACGUUACUCGCCUUCAUAUUCAUCCCUCUGUCCUUUUGUACUUCAAUUUUCGGAAUGAACUUCGUUACCUUCGAUCAGUCGCGCAAGGGUAUUUAUACCUUCUUUUCAGUAACGGCUCCUGUAUUAUUGUUGUCCUUGGCGAUGUUCAAUUUGGAUCGUGGAACUGUUUGGAAAUUUCUCUCGGGCGCAAGCCUGGGGAAGAAGCGCAGGUUGAGGAAGACUUAUGCUGCAGUCGCUGGUUCUCCUUGAUUUUUUCCUUGAUUUCCUCAUUUUUUUUUUUUCAAGCUUCUGUCCCCCUCCCUUAAACAGAUCGUACGGCCUGAAUUCCUAUAGUUCAGCUAUCGUUUUCCCGUUUUCACUGUUCCGAAUCACAAUUCUUCAGAGAGUGAAUUUUCUGUUAUUUCCUUUGUCUUAUAUUGUUGUUUCCUGGACAACACGCUCUUCGGUUUUCUUGAUGGCAUGGUAUUUGCUUUUCUUGAUGACAAUUUUCUUUACUCGUUAGCGGGUGGUGAGUCAAAUGGAAUGAAUACAUUUUGCCCUUUA